AUGCGCGCCUUGGACGCGUCAGCCUAUCCGCACCUCCUAGACGCCGUCAUCACGCACGCCGAUUCAUCCACGCUGCGCCGCCUCUCGCACACCUGCCGAUCGCUGCAUGCGCGCCUCACCCCGCUCCUCUACCGACACGUCACGCUCCGCGCCGGCCGCUUUUGCGGGCACGUCUUGGCGCCCGAACCUCCCUUCACAUGUCUCCGCGCGCUGCGGCCAUGCACAGAUGAGGAGCCCGGGCACCUGGCGCACACGCGCGUCCUCGACCUGUGUGCGGCGUACGGCUACGGGCGCCCGGCCGCGUUUCCCUCCCUCCGCGUCGUGCGGCACCCGCUCGCAUACCGCACAUGGCCGAUGCCACGCUUCCCCGAUGCGCCCGCACGCAUAGUCGAGCAAGGCGGGGAGUGGCUGCCGCCCGAGCGGUGGGAGCCGGUCGGCGACGGCGUGUACGUCGCUUACCUCCACCUCACGCAUCCACGGUGGCACGAGGAAGACGACGUUCCGGGACUAUACAUCGACCCUCCGGAGGGCACGCGGCGGCUGGUGCUGCAUCUGUCGUGGGAUCCCACCUAUCCGCGGGUGCGAUACGCCGAUGUCACCAUCGGCGAGGUUGCGCUGCAUGCCGACAUCGUCGUCCUCUUCAAUCCAAUCCGUCCUGUACUGGAAUCGCCGAUCGACGAUGUCGAAGCCAUAGGAGAUUGGUCGACCGGGCCGGCGUCGAGCCCUCGCCGCCGCCGCCGCCUGUCCCGAAGUCCCACCCGCCCCGCCAAGCGUCCCCGCCGCUCGUCCGGCCACACCGCUACUUCUCCGAUCGGGCACACACGCACCCCGAGCAUCGCCGAGUCCGAUGUGCCGGACACGUACCAUGACCCGCUGCGCGCCCACGGCCUCUUCGGCAACCUCUGCUACGCACUCAUGAACCGCGUUAUCGAACAGGGUGUGGCCGUCACUCUUGUCGGUGUGGAGAAGUGCACUUGGCGUGAUCUGUCCCUUCCGCGGGAUCUGCAAGGGGUGGAGACGGAAGACAUUGUGGCAGCGGCUCGAGUAAUGCUCAGAACCAUCCUCGACUCGGUGUUGGUGCUACCUGAGGAGUUUGGUUGGGACUGUCUUCCCGCGUGGCGCAGCAUGGCGUGUCGAGAUGGGUGGUUUGACGGGCAUGUGGCGACCGGCUUAGGGCGACACUUUCGCUUCGCCAACGCCAAAGCCUGGCGGUCGCCGGCGUUGGGAAGGGCGCUGCGUGGGCUCGAGAGCAGACAGAUCGUCUGGGAGGAGUAUGAGGAGCGGGUGCGUAUCAGUGCUGGAGUAAGCGAGGAAGUGCUGAGGCGAUUCGUGUAG